AUGGGAUUUUUUGACGAAGCAUUACAAAUUUUUAAGCAAAUGCAAUUGUUAGAUGUAAAACAGAACUCCACGACCUCUGCUAUCAUCCUCCCAGCCUGUACUCAAAUUGGGGAAUUCGAACUGGGCACAGUUAUCCAUCAAAGUAUAAUUAAAAGCGGAUUCAUUUCAGAUAUUAUAGUUGGAAAUACACUAAUAGAUAUGCAUGCAAAACGUGGAGGAUAUGCACAAUAUGGAUUUGUUCAAACUGCCUCGGAAACUUUUAAGCAAAUGCAACUAGAAGGUGUAAAGCCAAACUCCACAACUUUUUCUAGCCUCCUUCCAAUCUGCGCCAAAAGAGGAGCUUUAGAACAGGGUAUGAAUGUUCAUCAAAGUAUAAUCAAACGCGGAUUCUGGUUAGAUGUCGUAGUUGCCAAUUCCCUGAUAGACAUGUAUGCAAAAUGUGGAAGUAUACGCAAGUCAUGUGAACUGUUUGACAAAAUGCUUCAAAUAGAUGCAAUCUCAUGGACUGCGAUGAUUGCGGGAUAUGCACAUAAUGGGUUUGUUGAAAAGGCUUUGGAAACCUUUAAGCAAAUGCAAUUGACGGAUGUAAAGCCAGACUCCACAACCUUUGUCAUCAUCGUACCAGCCUGUACAAAUGUAAGAGCUUUAGAACAGGGAUAUGCACAAAAUGGGUUUGUUGAAAAGGCUUUGGAAACCUUUAAGCAAAUGCUAUUGGCUGAUGUAAAGCUAGACUCCACAACUUUUGCCAGCAUCCUACCAGCCUUUGCAAAAAUGGGAGCUUUAGAACAGUUUACGGAACUCCAUCAAAGCAUAAUCAAAAGUGGAAUUUUGUUUGACGCCAAAAAAUAUGCACGAAAUAGGAUUGUUGAAAAAGCCUUGGAAACCUUUAAGCAAAUGCUAUUGGCAGAUAGAAAGCCAAAAUCUACAAACUUUGUCAGCACCGUAUCAGCCUCUACAAAUAUAGGAGAUUUAAAGAAGAAUGUGGAAACAUACACAGGUGAUGAGGACUCCUUUGACAGAAUACCUCAAAGAAAUGUCAUUUCAUUGAGUUCUACGGUUGAAGGAUAUGUGCAAAAUGGCUUUUGCAACGAUACUCUCUAA